AAUUUAUAUAAACAAUUUUAUUUGACGAUCGUCUGUGAGCAAAGCAAUCCUUUUUUUCUUUUUGUUAAUCUUUAAAAUUACAUACCCGAUUUCCCGAGAAAAAGUUUUGACUUUCCCGGGAAAAUCUCUUUCCUUCCUUCCUUUUCUUUCAACCAAAAGUUCUGAAUUUUUCCUCUGUUCUUCUUCUUCUUCUUCUUCUUCUUCUGUGUUUUUUUCCAAUUCUGUUUUUCAUAAAUUCUCUGUCUUUAAUUGCCUUUUUUUUUAUCUCUUUUAACCUUGUCGAUUGAUCUGUGACUUCAAGAUUAAAGAUCUCUCGACGCGUGGCUUCUGUUUUAUUCCCACCAGAGAAUCACACACACACAGACCAGAAAAAAAAAACACAAAAAAAAGGAAAACUAAAAUAGAAAUAAAAAACAAUAUUCGAUCUUGCUUACUCAUUGUCUGUCUUCUCGAUUUGUAAUCGUUUUCUCCAUUCAUAUAUAUUUUUCUUGAAAGAAUCGAUCUUUUUUUGUGUGUUUUUUUUUUGUCUUUUUAGCUUGUCCCUUAAAUUCAGCCUUCUUCAUACAUAACGUCGAAGCUCAGAAAUCUGAAUACUCGCUUGCGUGCCUCUAUCUCUCUAAAAGCCCCCAUCUUUCUUCUCCUCCUCCAUCGAAGAAGCAACCCAAUCUCUCUCUCCCUUUCUCUCAGUUACGUUCGUCAAGAAGAAUCAUCAUCAUGGUGAAUGUUAUUAAAGGAGGCUCAACCAAAAAAUCCAAUCUUGAUCGAUUCCUUCAUUGCAUAACACCUCUAGUGCCUCCCCAAUCUCUCCCCAAGGCAGAGAUUAGAACCCUAAAUCGAUUGUGGCAUCCAUGGGAGAGAGAAAAGGUCGAGUUUUUCAGGUUGAGUGAUUUGUGGGAUUGCUAUGAUGAAUGGAGCGCUUAUGGAGCAAGUGUUCCUAUUCAUCUUACCAAUGGAGAAUCUCUUGUUCAAUACUAUGUUCCUUAUCUCUCUGCCAUCCAGAUUUUCACCUCUCACUCCUCCUUGAUCCGAUUAAGGGAAGAGUCUGAAGAUGGAGAAUGUGAGGGUAGAGAUCCUUUUAGCGAUUCAGGAAGUGAUGAGAGUGUCUCUGAGGAAGGACUUGAGAACAACACGCUCUUGCAUCCAAAUGAUCGUUUGGGUUAUCUUUACCUCCAGUACUUUGAGAGAUCAGCUCCUUAUACCAGAGUUCCUCUCAUGGAUAAGAUCAAUGAAUUGGCUCAAAGAUACCCGGGAUUGAUGUCGUUGAGAAGCGUAGAUCUUUCUCCUGCAAGUUGGAUGUCGGUAGCGUGGUACCCGAUUUACCAUAUACCAAUGGGAAGAACCAUCAAAGACUUAUCCACUUGUUUCCUCACGUAUCAUACUCUUUCCUCUUCUUUCCAAGAUAUGGAACCGGAAGAAAAUGGUGGGGAUAAGGAGAGGAUGAGGAAGGAAGGGGAAGACAUAACACUGCUCCCGUUUGGGAUGGCUACUUACAAGAUGCAAAUGCAAGGCGAUGUUUGGCUUUCGCAGGAUCAUGAUGACCAAGAAAGAUUGGGUUCGCUUUAUAGCGUUGCGGAUUCUUGGCUGAAACAGCUUAGGGUCCAACAUCAUGACUUCAACUACUUCUGCAGUAUGUCAAUGAGUCAUCGUGGCUAGACCUUGGUUGGAUGACACUCUGAUGUUUGCCUGUUUCCUCCUCAUAUAGUCUAAUUCUUGAUUUGUACUGGAAUCAUCACUGGCGUUUUUUCCCUAAAACGCAAUCUGAGCGAUAUUCGCUUGGCAGUGUUUUGGUUAGUAUAGCGUUUUGAGUCUUCUAACCUUUGAGAAAUAUAUAUGUCGUAUAUAGAGUUUGUUGCUUGUGGAAACAGUAAUUUGGUGUUGCUUGUUAAAAACAGAGUUAAUGUUUCUUAUAAGUUUGUAGCAUUGGUCGAGAGGAACACAACUUUAUUGUGUGCCUCAGUACCGUUACUGAAAUAGUAAUGUAACGAACUAAUCAUGAUAACAGUGCUUUUUUUUU